AUGAGCCCACGCUGGCUCUCGGAGGAUGGCUGCAUUCUGAUGCCAGACUCUGGCAAGAAUACUAAAAAGCUUCAUUGGGCUAUAAAAUUUGACACCAAACACAGAAAUUUUACUAAGUUUCUUUCUAGGGAGCGAGCACGGCCAGGCAUAGCCGUGGCCCAGCAGCUCCUCCGGGCCUACGAUGAGAUCUCUGAUGGCACCCAGUGUCACCACAAGACCUACAUCACCACUGCGCUCAUUUGGUGGCCUCGUUGGCACGAUAGGCUCAGCUUACAGCGUCUUCUCAACCCGGCAGAUUCCUACCUGGAAGCAGGGGCCCGGGCUGGCGGGUACACAUGCACAGCGGCUGCCGUCGGAGCUAGGUUUGGUCUCGCCGCCUGUGUCGGUGUCCAGGUCCGGGAGAAGCCAGAUGACCCCCUGAACUACUUCAUCAGAGUCCAGGUCCAGGAGAAGCCAGAUGACCCCCUGAACUGCUUCAUCGGAGUCCAGGUCCAGGAGAAGCCAGAUGACCCCCUGAACUACUUCAUCAGAGUCCAGGUCCAGGAGAAGCCAGAUGACCCCCUGAACUACUUCAUCAGAGUCCAGGUCCAGGAGAAGCCAGAUGACCCCCUGAACUGCUUCAUCGGAGUCCAGGUCCAGGAGAAGCCAGAUGACCCCCUGAACUGCUUCAUCGGAGUCCAGGUCCGGGAGAAGCCAGAUGACCCCCUGAACUGCUUCAUCGGAGUCCAGGUCCGGGAGAAGCCAGAUGACCCCCUGAACUGCUUCAUCGGAGGCUGUGGGGGCUUGACCUUGGGAGCACGUACUCACAGCUAUGGGACUGGAGCUGUUGGCUGCGCAUACAUGGGCACCUCAGGCAACCCUGUUCAAGAUCAGCAAGCUGGAAGGCUGGAAGGCUGGAAAUUCUUUGCCACCCCCAAGGUGUAAGCAGAACCCCUGUGGCAAAUAAAACACUGUGUGUCCCUUGGGGGAAAAAAGAAUUUCUUUCUA